GGAUGGGGGAGUUUGAAGGAUGUUUGUGUCAGACACUGGUGUCCCCAGGGCUCCUGUUUCAACUCCAGAAUCCUCUCGAACGUGCACGGUGCAUAAUAAGCCUGCGAUGUCUCCGAAUGUGACUCCGCACCCCCAGCCGGGUGCUCCAAGCCAUGACCGACACCAUCUUCGGCAGCGGGAGUGACCAGUGGGUUUGCCCCAAUGACCGGCAGCUUGCCCUUCGAGCCAAGCUGCAGACAGGCUGGUCGGUGCACACCUACCAGACGGAGAAGCAGAGAAGGAACCAGCACCUCAGCCCGGAGGAGGUGGAGGCCAUCCUGCAGGUCAUCCAGAGGGCCGAGCGGCUGGACGUCCUGGAGCAGCAGAGAAUUGGGCGGCUGGUGGAGCGGCUGGAGACCAUGAGGCGGAACGUGAUGGGGAACGGCCUGUCCCAGUGCCUGCUCUGUGGGGAGGUGCUGGGCUUCCUGGGCAGCGCGUCCGUGUUCUGCAAAGACUGCAGGAAGAAAGUCUGCACCAAGUGUGGGAUCGAGGCCUCCCCUGGCCAGAAGCGGCCCCUGUGGCUGUGUAAGAUCUGCAGUGAGCAAAGAGAGGUGGAAAAUCCCCUCGCCAGCCUGAUUUUAGGGACUCUGCUCCGGUCCCCCACCUCCCAACGGACACUUUUAGUCCCUGCACCCUGGAAGACCCAUCUCCGGCCCAGCCGCUGGUGGGAACUGGUCAUGCUCGCCAAGCCCGAGCCCAGCAUCCUUGUGGCACCUGCUUCCCGGGCAGGCAGCCUGUGCUCACCGCGCGCUGCCAUCUGUUUCUCCACGCUGUUUCUCUCCUGGUUCUGCUGUUACUUGCAGUUUGGAUUUUUGCUGCAAACAGCUUUGCCGGAGGGCCCCCUCCGGAGACCAGUGUCAGAGCGGCCUCAGUACCGGGGCUCAAAGGGAUUCCAUGCUGUGUGCCGGCUGAACGUGAGGCGAGUGUGUGUCCAGUGUUGA